AUGCGUUUUAAAUUGCAUUUAAUUUUACUUUUGGCCAUGCUAAUUUUCAUACAACGAUCUCAAGCCCAAUUCAAUAUUGGGGCCGAUGAGGAGGACGAAGAGGAGGAGGAAGAAGAGGAGGAGGAAGAAAGCAGUGUAGAAGAUGAAACAUAUGAAGAGAAAUUGCAGCGAAAGAAUAUCAAAGAGGAUGCAACUCUAAGUGUGGAUAAACUAAUUGCCAAAUAUGGCUAUGAAUCGGAAAUGCAUCAUGUGACAACAGAAGAUGGUUAUAUCUUAACUUUACACCGCUUGAAACAAGAAGGAGCUCAACCAUUCCUACUUCAACAUGGCUUAGUGGACAGUUCAGCUGGUUUUGUUGUCAUGGGUCCCAAUAUAAGUCUGGCUUACUUACUGGCCGAUCAUAGUUAUGAUGUGUGGUUGGGAAAUGCUCGUGGUAAUCGCUAUUCCCGCAAUCACACCUCUCUUGAUCCGGAUGAAAGAAAAUUCUGGGAUUUUAGUUGGCAUGAAAUCGGAAUGUACGAUCUGCCAGCCAUGAUUGAUUACAUACUGGAAAAUACUGGUUAUAAGAAAUUGCAAUAUAUCGGGCACUCUCAGGGUUGCACUUCAUUUUUUGUGAUGUGCUCCAUGAAACCGGAAUAUAAUGAUAAAGUCCUAUCGAUGCAUGCCUUGGCACCAGCAGUCUAUGCCAAGGAAACGGAAGAUCAUCCUUAUAUCAGAGCCAUCAGUUUGUAUUUCAAUAGUCUUGUGGGUAGUUCGAUUACUGAAAUGUUUAAUGGAGAAUUUCGUUUCCUUUGCCGCAUGACUGAAGAAACCGAACGUCUAUGCAUAGAAGCCGUCUUUGGCAUAGUAGGAAGAAAUUGGAAUGAAUUCAAUAGGAAAAUGUUUCCAGUUGUUCUGGGACACUAUCCGGCAGGUGUGGCUGCCAAGCAAGUGAAGCAUUUCAUACAAAUCAUAAAGACUGGACGAUUUGCACCCUAUAGCUAUAGUUCCAAUAGAAACAUGCAAUUGUAUCGAGAACAUUUGCCUCCAAGAUACAAUCUGAGUAUGGUCACAGUGCCGACAUAUGUGUAUUAUUCAUCGAACGAUUUGCUUUGUCAUCCACAUGAUGUGGAAUCCAUGUGCAAUGAUUUGGGUAAUAUGAUGGAAAAGUAUUUGGUACCCUUGAAGGAGUUCAAUCAUAUGGAUUUCCUCUGGGCCAUCGAUGUAAGACAAUUGCUAUAUCAGCCCAUUCUACAAGCCAUCGAAGGACGCAAGGAAGGACAUGAAAAGAACAGUGUACAACAGAGAAGACGACGAAGAAGUCGUCUUGGCCUACAUGAUAAUCUUUGA